UUUGUUUUUUUGGACAAAGGCCCAACAGCGAACGAUGUCCGCUCGGCAAGACCGCUUGGCAAUUGGUUUUCAAUUUCGGCCGAAUCAUAGUUAAAAACAUAUAAAGGGUUUCCUUCUUACAAUCAGUCCAUAGUUAAACGCUUUUUCUCCAGAGUCGUCUGCCAUCAAGGGUUUGAUCCUAGAAUUUCAAGAUGCCGGCCACCGCAGGAAGGGUUCGCAUGCCCCCAAACAAUCGGGUACACAGUAGUGUUGCCCUUCAAACUCAUGGUAUAUGGCAGAGUACAAUUGGGUACGAUCCCUAUGCACCUCAGCCGAAUUUGUCAAACUCAAAACCAGAUGCUGAGAAUGCAUAUGCUAGCUAUCAAGGCCUUCUCCAACUCGCUCGUAUAACUGGGCCGAAUUCUGACGAGGUUCGUGGGGCGUGCAAGAGGUGCGGCCGGGUUGGGCACCUCACCUAUCAAUGUAGGAAUUUUCUGAGUGCUAAGGACAAGGAGAAGGAGGACCCUGAAGCUAUCCAGGCUGAUGUUGCUUCUGAGUUGGGCAAGUUGAAGGGGAAGCUGGGUAAAGCGAAGGAAAAAGAUGUUGUUAAGACUGAUAGUGAGGAGGAGGAUGAAGACAUUGAGAGUUCAGAUUCGGACUAUGAUUCUGAUAUGGAGAGGCUCAUUGCUCAAAGAUAUGGGAAAAAGAGUUUUCGAAAGGAGAAGCUGAAAAAGAAGAACAAGGACUCGGAUGUUGAUGGUUCAGAUACAGAUUCUGGGGAGAGGAAGAAGAGAGGAAGGUCGAAGAAGAGGAGAAGCAGAAAGAGGAAACAUGAUGAUUCAGAUGAUUCUGAAAAGGAUAGGAAGAAAAGAGGAAAGGAGAAACGGAGAAAGAGAGAUGAGUCCUCGGAUGAGGAUGAUAAACGACGUCGACGACAUGGGAAGAGUAGUAAGUAAUGUCGACGACAUGGGAAGAGUAGUAAGUAAUUGAGUUCGUAGGGUACGUAUAUGAUUGAACGUCGUAGCUCGUAAUUGACUAGGGCCUGGAGUCUGGACCAUCAUGGUGCUGAAGGUGUAUUGGGUUUUCACACCUGUAUGAUCACAUCUAUCAACUGAACUAGUAUUAAAGUGCUGUUUUGGUUGAUUUAAUUCUGAUCGAGCUUCCAAGUAAGUUGUUGACUAUGGUAUUGCUAUGAUUUACUCCUUAACUUGAUUAGAGUUAUUC